CGUACAUCUCAAGGAAGAGAUCUUACUUUGCUUGUUCCACCAGUUCAGGAAUAGAAAAUGUGUGUGUGUGAAGGUGCACUCUUGUCUCUCAUUGUGCUGUUUCUGCCUCUCACUGCACCGCAUGUUGUGCACAGAUUCAGUGAUGUUCUGGAAUGUGAGCAGUUCUUUUUGUAUAAAAGACCUCCAGAGAUAUCCGGCAUUCUUGUUGGAGGAAAUGUUCAAGAUCAGAAUCGUUAUAAAGUAAUAUGCCAAUUUUUCCGUAACAAAUACAGGUUUGCUACUCUCUAUGAUACAAUCAAAAGGAUCCCUGUGUUUUCUGCUUAUAAAUUCAUUGGGAAAAAGGAGCCUCCUACAACAACCACACGUGACUAUCUUGAGCCACAGCUUGAAGAGCUACAGAAAGAGAUGACAUUAUUUUUGAGAAAGCAUUGUGAAAAGCAAGCUACUGCUCACGAUUAUAAAAAUUCAAAAGAAAAAGAAAAUCUUACCAAGGGUCACCUCUUUCCGAAACAACAUUCCAGUGAUCAUGAAACACAAAAUUCCACCAUGACUCUCACCAACAUUGUCCCUCAGAAUGCAAACUUCAAUGCAGGCCCAUGGAGCCAAAUGGAGCAAAAUGUUACAACUUUAAUGAACACGCACUGCAACGGUUCAAAUGGAAACACAGAGGCUUAUGUGGUGACUGGAGCUGUUCCUGGCAAUCAGACACUGGCGCACAGAGUGAACAUCCCUGCUCUGAUGUGGACGGCUUUCCGCUGUAAGACAAAUGAUGGGGAAUGGAUGUCAAUGGCACACUGGGGCGAAAAUGCAAAUACGACGGAAAAAAUGGAGACAAAGACAGUUACAGAGUUGGAGAGAAAACUGAAAGAAUCUUAUAAUGCUGACAUGGUGAAGAUAUUUCCACAACAAUGUGAGAAUGGGCACCUAUCCUCCAUGGAGAAGUUGUACUACCAUUCGCAUAUGUUUCAUGGGGACCGAUUUAAAGAACGUUUGAAGAAACGGGUUAUGCAUCAUCAAAGGAAACGUCUCCGCAUUCUCCACAGUGAUAAGUGACAGGACUGCAGAGGUCCUCAGUAACCUUUCUUGCUUUCCCCAUGGGGAUCAAUAAAGUGUCACUCAUUCAUUCAUUCAUUCAUUCAUUCAUUCAUUUCUCUCUGCCUCAGCCUUAUUAACAAAAUGUGUUCUAUUGCCAUUAAGUGUAAUAUUUUUCCUAAGCUUUGGUUUCUCUUUUUAAAUUGUAUUUUGUGAAAAAGAAAAUAAAG